GCCUUCCACUGCUGCCCUUGGUGCUGGGCAGCAGUUCCUCUGUGCUGGUCUCAGAUGUGGCUGUUAGGCAGAAAUGCCCGUGAUAUGGGAUUUCACCCUUUUUCUCCCCUGUCAUCUUCUGCUUAGUGCUUUCAGCUCCUCCCUUUGUACUCCUUACCAUGGUGCUGUCCGUGCACACUGACUCACCACCUGUGAGUGCUGAGGACUAUUGGUCCUCUAGAAAGCACAGCUGGUUCGGUGGGGAGAGGGGAAUGUGGUUCAGCCCCUCUGGGAACCAGAGCACAGUGUGGUGAUGUCCUCAAAGCAGGGGUGAACCUGCUGCUGCCUUUGGGUCAGGAGAGCAGCCCUGCUCUGUGUAUCUGGUGGUAGUACUGUGAGGCAAGGAGGAAAUCUGCUGUGUUUUUUUUUUUUUAACAUUUUGUCUUUCCUCAUGCUUUUCCCCUCCCUCCUCUUUGAUGUGUAGUCUUGUCUCCUGUAGGACCAAGCCAUGCGUUGAGAUGAGGGCUGGCUGUGUUUUGCUGAAUGCACUGGGUUAAUUCACCCAGAUCUGGCCUCUCCCUGUGCCCUGUCACUCGCAUCCCUGCUUGCUCAUCCUGGAUGUUUGACUGCUUUAGGUUUAAGCUCUUAACGGGAAAAAAAAAAAACCUCCCCUUAGUGGAACAGCUUUAGUCAGCUCAGGCUGCUUAAAUGAAUCUUAUUAGGUGCUGGAGUGUGGUGUGCCCUCUUCUUGGUGAGCUGCAGCAUGGUGACUGCAGCCGGUACGGUGCAUGUAAUGGGAGUUAGCGAGGUGACCUUGUCUCAGGGUUACAUUGCUGAUGGUGAAGGCUAUUGAACUGUGAAACUCCUGCCGUGAUGAAUUUAGGGUUUGACUUGAAAGCCUGGAAAUGCAAGAAAUGUCAACGAAGAGGUGAAAUUUCCCUGUCUGCCCUCUUUGUUGGGCUUCAGCAGAGCAGCAUGUAGAGCAGAGCUGGAGUUUGGAAUAGCUUUGAAAUAAGAAUAUACAGAGGGUGCAGGACAAGCUUUUGGCUUAGUUAACUGGCUCGUCUAGAUUGCUUGGGGUCUGCAUGCUUCUGCACAAAGAGGCUUUUCAUCCAGGCUAUGAGACAGGCUGACCUGGUUUGAUCUAGAGGAGUUUUGCUUCCACUGGUAUGAGCGUGUUUAUUUGGGCGGUGGGUGGAAUGAGAACGUUUGUCUCAACAAGAAAAUCCUUGUUCUGUUUUUAUCAGAAAUUUGAGCAGGAGGAUGUGACCAGGUGAGCAAGGUCUGCUGUUGUUGCAAAGCCUUGACUUAAAAACAACUCCCUAAACCUCAAAGCUCAGUGUGGAGGGGGAUUUUAGAAGAGGGCAGGUGGCUUCUGGUUUGGGGAUUGAAUCCUCAUCCCUUGCCAACCCACAGCUCUCCCUUAGUUGUCACGUCAGCAAAAUGACCCGAAUGGGGCAAUUGUUUGCAAGGGAGUCUGAGCUUUGGGUUUCUGCAACCUGUCUUGCUCUCUGGCUUGAGUGAAUGCUGUUUUUAUUCUAUCCUAUUAAUGUUGGAAGAAGUAGCUGGCUUUUGCUUCUAGAAGCUAUUUUUACAGCCAUGUGUAAUCUUCCGAAGUUAUGUGAUACCCCGUAGGUGUCUGGGUGCAGGAGAGCUUGAGGUUUUCAGCUGGAAGGCCAAGCAGAUCCUCUUGCCUCUGGGUGGGAGCAUGCCAGCCCCAUGCACACUGAGCACACCUUGCUGUGCUGGGGGAGCAGGCAGCCCCGUGCCUUGCUGGAAGCUGGCCAGGCUGUGGCUUUGAGGAUGGGGCUGCUCUCUGGUGGGGUUACUUGGGAGAGCUCCGUUGCUUUGAAGCUGCUGUGCUGCUUUAACAUUAAAAGUCAGUGGUAUUUGCUUGCAUGUCUUGGCCAGGUCAGUUUUGUCAUGGGGUGUGUUUGCACAGUGGGAGCUUGUUUGGAAGAAAGUAAGAAAGGCCAAAACCAACCCAGUGCUGGCGUGCCUUGCAUCUCAUUAGGUCUCCGUUCUGGGUUGCUGCAUUCCACGACGUCCUUUCAUGCGAGCUGGGAACUUGUUGGCCCUGGGUUCCUUCCCCAGCUGCGGAAGCGGCCCGGUCACCUCCUGGGCACGUGGGGCUGAGCACAGCGGGGCUGCGAAUGCCAUGAGAACAGAAAUAAAUAAUUGCAGUCCAGCUGUGACGGGCGCACCCAGGGAAACGUGGUGCAGCAGAAUACUGAGCUCCGAAAUGAGCCGUGACAUUAUUUUAGGCUUGGAGACACUUUAUGAAAAGUGAUUUAAAGGAUUUCAGCUGUUGGAUUUCACAGAUGAGGCAAGUGGGAGUGGGUGUUGCGAAGGGGCAGGAGGCAGGGGAAGCAAGCUGGGUGUUUUUCUGCUCACUGCUCACCAAACCUGAGGGAAUAUCCAACAAAAUGAGUGAAAAAAGAGGCAUUUCAAAUAAAUAUGCUUGGUAUGUAUGGGUACUGGCUCCCAGCAGCGAGAUCCAGGAGCUGCUGCUUAGCCGGGGGCUGCUGGAGGAGAUCCAGCACAGGGUGAGCAGGGCUUUGUGCUGGUUUGGCCUGCAGGUGCCAGCUCUGGGGAGGGCUGCUCCCACUGCCCUGGGGUCUCCUCCUGUUUCUCUGCCUCUUCCUCUGUAUUUGGUGCCAGCUGCUGCUAAGGAGGCAAAGUGUGGUAUCUUAUGACCUGAGAUUUAAUUCCAAUUUAUUAAAAAACUACUUAGAAAGCAACUUUGCCAAGUGUGCAUGCUCUUAAACGGAAGAAGUUUAGAUAGAAAGAUUCUGUUAAAAAUCACCGAUAAUGAACAGGAUUUUUUUUUCCUUAAGAAGAUUAUAGGGUUGUUUGGCCAAACUGCAGGUGAAGCAUGUUAGUUUUCUGUAUUAAUUAGCUAUAAUAUUGGGGUGUUCAGCUGAUUCUAUCAUGUUCUGCUUGGGAACAGAAGAAUCGUUUGAAUGCUUUGCGACCUUUAGCUAAAGGUGAAAAAACACAUUACUUACGCUGUUAACCUUCUAAUGUGUCCGAAGUUCAUGCUCUCUCAAAGCAAACCUUGGCAUGAUGGAUAUUCCUUUUCAGGCAACCUGCAGAUAUUUUCUGUAAACAGAUCGAUGUCCCUGCAUAGCCACGUCCCCUGGAGCCCCUCCGUGGUCACUGUUCCCUGGGGCAGCGGGGUGCCCCUGGUUUCUUGCUGGAUGCCCAGUCCCUUGCUGUGCUGUUAGCUGGGUGCAUGCUGCCAUUGCCAGGAGCUGGUUGUCCCCACGCUGGAGCUGCCUCUGUUCUGGAUGUGCUUGUAGUAUUUUGUUGUUACUGGAGAUAUUAAUCAGGAUUGGAGAACAGUUGGGGUGUAUGCAUGUGCUCUGUUGGCAUUUGAAUUGUGGUGGUGUGGCAUCCCUUUCCAACAGAGCCCUGUUCCCCACCCAGCGGGAUGGAAACGUGCUUCCCUCCUUAACCCCUGAGCUCCAGCUUCCCCAGGCCUUUGUGCUUUCUCCCCCAGCCUCCCCUCCUGUCUGGGAGCAGCUCUCAGUAAGCUGCUGUAGUUCCUUUGCUAACACCUUGCAGAGCAUCUCCUGCACAGGAGCAAUUGCUCACUUUUUGGCCAGACGCUUUCUCAUCCACCUGAACCAGGGGCACAAGGUUGGUGCAAACUGAUGUGCUGAUGUGAUGCCUUGGCUAGGUAGUGGCCUGGGUGGGAGUGUGGCCUUCCCUGCAUGGGCUCCUCUCAGCAGCUGCAGCAGAGCAGGUUGUUGUGCACAGAGCUGCACGUCUCUGGGAUGGCAGGAGCUGGUGUGUCUCCACGACAAGGCAGGGAGUGGCAGCACAGUGGUGGGUAAGCACAGGGAGGGCAUUACAAGUCUCUGCUGCUGUGGUGGUGUUAUUUUUUCUUUCCAGAAUGGUUAUUCACACUUUUAUCUCCAGCAAGCAAAAUGCCAGUCUGUGUUGGUGCUCCAGGAACUUGCAGAACGGAAGGAUUUAUGGUGCCAAAUGCUAAAAUCCCCCAGCCUGCAAAGAGCCUCCUCCAACCAUCUCCAGGAGUGAGAAAAAGCUGCCUGCUCCCAGCUGUGCAGCCGGGUGGGGGGCAACACUGCCAGCUCUGCAGCCCACAACUUCCAGCAAACAGCCCAGGAAAAGGCUUGUGAAGCAAAAACCUACGUUGGAACUUACCAUGAGAACUCAGAAUGAUUCCUCCUGAAUUAACCUCAGAUUUGCAGUGCAAUAUUGCAUGAGAUCAGUGUGGCUGAGCAGUGGUUUUGGGAGAAUCGGCUUUGUGAUUUAGGAUCGGGAGAGAUGCAAGUGAAGGAACAGAACACCUAAUUCCCUGCCCCGGGGUCUCUCUCUCCAUGCCAGGAACAAGGAGCUGGCUUACAGUAGCUGCUGUGAGCAGGGCUCAUUUUUCCUAGGAAAAUUCCCACUUACACAAAACAACUCUUUUUCUUCAAGUACAAUUUUAUGGCAGUUUCCUAAUCUACUUCUUGGACAUGAGUUGAUGUAGAGGGUACUACUUUGCUUUUUCUUGAUUUCAGAGUUGUAAAUCCACAGGGGAAGAAAAAACUUGCUGCAUAUGUGGUUUGGCAAAGGUAGAGCUCCACUAAUGCUGCUUUUGGUGAUGUAAAGUGGCCAGCCUGACUCUGUCCAUAUUGCUCCACCAACCCCUGUGGUGGAAAUGCCUUUUGCAGGACUGGGGGAUCUGCUGCUUGUCACUGAUAGUCAUUUACACGCAACUGUGAGUGGGUCAGUCCCUUAACCUGAAGAACUUGUUGUGCAGUUGUAAGGAAGUGUAGUUGGAAGCUGAAUGGGGGAUGUGGGAAGGCAGCAGGUCGGUGAUGUAUGGUGGGGGACUGUUGUGGAAGAGAAGUGAUGAUGAGCAAAGUGACCUGACGCUUUAAAUGUGGAUCACAGAAUCAUAGAAUUGCUUGGGUUGGAUGUUUGGGGUUUGGCACAUUGCUCACCCCACAGCAAGGCUCAUGGCUGAGAAUGGCUGCAGGAAGCAGAGUGCCCAGCAUGGGGAUGGGGGGAAGGGCUCACUGCUGGCUCAGCGGUGCCUGGACGUGACUGGGGCAAAAAGAAGAAGCCAAAAGUCUUGUGACGGAGAGAAAUUCAAAUGCAGCCCUGUGAUGAAUGUGCUGCUGUUCUGCAUGCAGCCCUGGCUGCGGGGGCAGGCUGGCUGCUGGCCUGGCACCAGGCUCUGGUCAGAUGACUGGGAAGCCAGGGGAGCUGGGGGCUGCCCCCACCACGCCGUCACUUCUUGUCCAUGAAUGGCACAUUCAGACAGGACAGCCACACAUCGCCGACAGCCCUGUUUGUGCAGAGGGAGGGGGAGAAGGCGUCAGGAAGGAUGCAUUACUGUGCAGCUGCUACAGACGCUGGUGGUGCUGGCAGCAGCCACAGCCUCCGUGCGGGGACGGCAGCAGCGAUCGAUGCCUUCCUGGAAGAGGCCACGUGCACUGUGGUCACCUCCUAAAACAAAAGGCCAACUCAGCAGCCUCUGCGAGGUGGAUGGCAAAGAGGCUGUGUCAGAACAAUGAGGGCAUUUGUCUUUUCAGCACAUGUUGCAUCCCCGUAGGCAAGAUAAAAAUGCAUGCAUUCAGCCAGGUUUUUAUGACCGACCUUAUCUCCAACAGUAUGGCUAAUUGUGAAGCAGUUGGUAUUUGUUUCUAUUUUUUUUGAAUCUGCAAUGAGCUUGACCCAGGCUUUUGGGAAGGAUGUGGGACAGACAGCAAAGUGCCUGGGGACAGCCUGCUUUGAUCAGUAAGAGUGAUGAUGCUCUGUGAAGGUUUUUUCUUGCUUCCUGGGUGGAUGCUGCUCCUUUGCGCUGGGGCUCUGUCCCCAUGCAGCUUCCUCCCAAACCUCCUCCUACCUCAGCUGGCUUUGGGUAAGAAUUUUCUCCAGGCAGUGGCUCAAAAGUGCAUUUCUCGGUCUGAUGAGCAACUGCUGCCAGCACCAAGGGGUAUCCAGGCACCAGAGAGCUUUUCUUUUAUUGCAAAAAUAGGUCACACUCAUUGCUGGCAGACUGAGAUUUAAAACAAUUUUUUUUUUUUUUUGGCUAAGUUCAAGGUGUACAAAGUGGAGUGGAGAUGUCUCUCAUUCAUUGGCGAGGUGCUGGAGGUUGGGUAUUAAGAAGUGGAACUGGCUGCCCUGGGGCAGUGGGCACAGCACAGAGCUGCUGGAGCUCAAGGGAUAUCUGGAAGCAUGCUUUCAUGUUUGGGCGGUUGUAUCGUGGAGCCAGGAGUUGGACCCAAUGGUCCUUGCGGGUCUCUUCCGAUCCGGGAUGUUCUGUCAUUCUGUGAGCAGAUGGCAUGGGGGACCUGUGCUGCUCCUGCCGGGUGUCAGUGCAAAUGGAGAGAGGUGGUUUUAAGUGAAUUGGUCUUAUUUUGCACUGAAAGUCAGUGGGGAGCUCCUGGUUACUUUCUCAAGCGGAGAUGUGGUGAGCAGCAGGGCCAGGCAUCGUGCAGGCACCUCGAGCUGUGCUGCAGUGCUUGCCUGGCUGUGCUGGACAUCCUGUGGGCUCAUUCCAGCUAAAAGCCCUGGGUGUUUACACUUGUUUUUCUGCUGGUAGGAGGAAGAGAGGAGCAGCAGCUUGCUUAUUUUACUGCAAGAGCAGCUCCAGGCUUCUUCUCUUGCAGGCUUCUCUUCCUGGGGCCCGAUGGGGACGGGUGGAGCGGGCAGUGGUACCGUGGCUGCUGCGCUGCCCAGUUGUGCUGCAGGCAGAGCCCAGCUUUGCUCCCAGCCCCCAUGUGCUCUCCUGGCUCAGCUCAGGCAGCUGUGAGUGGGGGAAGAACGAAGUGUGCUGGUGAGUGCACGCGUUCAAAACAGAAAGUGAGAGAGGCAGGCGGCCUGUGAGCUGUGCACAGCCAUUGGUUUGGCGCCUGGGUUAUCCUGAGGUCAGAGGACACAAGGAGGAAUUUGUGGAGAUGCUCCAGUAGGACGUCGCACUGCUGGAGUACCAGCACCAUUCCAGGGACUACGCUUCGCACCUCCCGCCCGGGUCCAUCAUGCAGCCGCAGCGGAGGAGGCCGUCCCUGCUGUCCGAGUUCCAGCCGGGCAAUGAAAGAUCUCAGGAGCUGCACCUGAGGACCGAGGCGCAUUCCUAUCUCUCUGACCUGACCAAGCCAUCAGAUUUGGAGUUCAUUGAAACCAAGCGGCCACGCCUGGACCUGCUGCAGGACCCGCUGCUGCGGCACUCGCCCCUCCUGAGCCAGGGCCAGCAGGCGGGCAGCGAGGAGCUGCCCAAGGACCGUGGCCUGCCUGGCAAGCUGGAGCCCGUGUCUCCUGUCAGCCCUGCACACCCUGAGGCUGAGCUGGACCUGCUGCCAGCCCGGCUGUCCAAGGAGGAGCUCAUCCAGAACAUGGACCGUGUGGACCGCGAGAUCACCAUGGUGGAGCAGCAGAUCUCUAAGCUGAAGAAGAAGCAGCAACAGUUGGAGGAAGAAGCAGCCAAACCACCAGAGCCUGAAAAACCCAUCUCCCCCCCUCCUAUCGAAUCCAAACAUCGCAGCUUGGUGCAGAUCAUCUACGACGAGAACAGGAAGAAGGCAGAAGCUGCCCACCGCAUCCUGGAAGGGCUGGGUCCGCAGGUGGAGCUGCCGUUAUACAACCAGCCUUCAGACACCAGGCAAUACCAUGAAAACAUUAAAAUAAACCAGGCAAUGCGGAAGAAGUUAAUUUUGUACUUUAAGAGGAGAAAUCAUGCUCGCAAACAGUGGGAACAGAAGUUCUGCCAGCGCUAUGACCAGCUGAUGGAGGCCUGGGAAAAGAAAGUGGAGCGCAUUGAAAAUAACCCCCGGCGCCGUGCCAAGGAGAGCAAAGUGCGGGAAUACUAUGAGAAGCAAUUCCCUGAGAUCCGGAAGCAGCGGGAACUGCAAGAGCGCAUGCAGAGGUUAGAGGAGAAGCGCAGGGUAGGACAGAGGGGCAGUGGAGGGCUCUCCAUGUCAGCUGCACGCAGUGAGCACGAGGUGUCGGAGAUCAUCGAUGGGCUCUCAGAGCAAGAGAACCUGGAGAAGCAGAUGCGCCAGCUCGCCGUCAUCCCACCCAUGCUCUACGAUGCUGACCAGCAGCGCAUUAAAUUCAUCAACAUGAACGGCCUCAUGGACGACCCCAUGAAGGUCUACAAGGACCGGCAGGUGAUGAACAUGUGGAGCGAGCAGGAGAAGGAGACCUUCCGGGAAAAGUUCAUGCAGCACCCUAAGAACUUUGGCCUGAUUGCCUCCUUUCUGGACAGGAAGACGGUGGCAGACUGCGUCCUGUACUACUACCUGACCAAGAAGAAUGAGAACUACAAGAAUCUCGUGAGGAGGAACUACCGGCGGCGUGGGAAAAGCCAGCAGCAGCAGCAAAUGCCCCGGAGCAGCCAAGAAGAGAAAGAUGAAAAAGAGAAGGAAAAGGAGAAGGAGGGAGACAAGGAGGAAGACAAACAGGAAACAGAAAAUGACAAAGAAGAACUGACAAAGGACAAGAACGACGACACGUCCGGGGAAGACAACGAUGAGAAGGAAACCGUUGCCUCCAAAGGCCGCAAAACAGCCAACAGCCAGGGCCGGCGCAAGGGCCGCAUCACCCGCUCCAUGGCCAACGAAGCCAACAGCGAGGAGGCGGCCACGCCGCAGCAGAGCGCUGAGCUGGCCUCUCUGGAGAUGAAUGAAAGCUCUCGCUGGACUGAAGAGGAGAUGGAAACAGCAAAGAAGGGUCUCCUUGAGCAUGGGCGAAACUGGUCGGCCAUUGCCAGGAUGGUGGGCUCCAAGACCGUGUCUCAGUGCAAGAACUUCUACUUCAACUACAAGAAGAGGCAGAACCUGGAUGAGAUCCUACAGCAGCACAAACUGAAAAUGGAGAAAGAAAGAAAUGCUAAGAGAAAGAAGAAAAAAGGCACUGCCACUCAGAACGAGGAAGCUGCCUUCCCUCCUGUGGCUGAGGAUGAGGAGAUGGAGGUGUCGGGGACGAGUGGCAACGAGGAAGAGAUGGCUGAGGAGGCUGAAGCUGCAGUAAAUAACAGCUCCGACACCGAGAGCAUUCCCUCGCCAAGGCCCGAAGCCAAAGAGGGAGGCGAAAGCGGGGCCAAGGCACCACCCGGGCCGGGAGGUGACUCCGGCACGGAACCGGCGCUCAAGUUGGAAGAGGCUCCCACACCCCCCGACACCGCUGCAGCCCCCGCUGCCCCUGCCACCAACCCCGCUCCCACCGCCAGCCCUCCUCCGGAGGCCCCCAAAGCGCCCAGCAGCGAGGAGAAGGCGCAGGAGGAGCUGGUGGUAGACGUGGUGAAAACGGAGGAGCCGGAGGAGAAGGCGAGCGAGGAGCCCUGCAAGAGCGAGGUGAAGGAGGAGGGCGAGGACAGCCAGGAGAAGGACAAGGGGAAUGACAAUAAGGCAGAAAGUGGUGUCGGCAGCGUGGGGACUGCGGAGGCUGAGGGGACGCCCAAGGCCGAGAAGAAGGAGGGCCAUAAAGGCAGCAAAGGCCAAGGGGUGAACCCCGACAGCGACUCGAGCGCGACCUGCAGCGCCGAUGAGAUGGACGAGCAGGAUGCUGUGGACAAGAGCAGGUUGCUGUCCCCUCGGCCCAGCCUGCUCAAUGCCGCCAGCGAGGCCAGGCUGAACUCCUCGCCACAGAAACCGCUGGACCUGAAGCAGCUGAAGCAGCGUGCUGCUGCCAUCCCUCCCAUCAUUUCUGAAGGUUUCUCAGAGGGAAUACUGCAGAGCGGAAGCGUGAAGCCCCCAGUGCCUCCCCACGCCCUGGCUCUCUACCAGCAGCAGAUCACAAAGGCCCACGAGUCCUCCCGUGAGGAUGUGCCCCCCAGCAAGCAGCAGGAGAAGGAGCAGCAGCAGCCAAGCAGCAGCCCGAGGGGGAAGAGCAGGAGCCCCACUGCCGGGGACAAGGAAGAAAAGUCCGUGCAUUUCCCAUCCAUCGCAGAGGCUCAGAAGCUGGGCACGGAGCCGCCGCCCACCUCGUGCUGGCCCCCCGUCCUGUCCUACUCCCGGGAUGUGAUAAAAACCUCUCCCCAGGCAGAGCCCCACCUGUUCCAGUAUAACCCACCAGGACACCCUAUCCCGCUCAACCUGCACGAAAGCUCCCGCUCAGGGCUGCAGAGGCUGGCAGGCAUCUCCAACCCUCCUCCCCUCAUCUCCUCCACCAAGCAUCCCUCUGUGCUGGAGAGACCUGUCGGCUCCAUCUCCCAGGGAAUGCCCAUCCAGCUCCACACACCCUACAGCUCCGAGCACGCAAAAGUUCCCGUCGGCUCCAUCACCAUGGGCCUGCCCCUGACAAUGGAUCCCAAGAAACUGGUGCCUUUUCCUGGAGUAAAGCAGGAACAACUCUCUCCCAGAAGCCAGGCCAGCCAGCCUGAAAGCCUGGUGAUGCAGCUGGCCCCAGAGGGCUCCGUCCUGCGGGGUACAUCCCUCAGCUCUGCCUCUGGAGGGAGCAUCACCAAGGGGACACCCACAUCCAGACCCCCUCCAGAGUCGCCCAUCACGUACCGAGGCUCUAUCACACAUGGCACCCCAGCAGAAGUGCUGUACAAAGGAACCAUUACCAGGAUAAUCGGAGAAGACAGCCCCAGCAGAGCGGAGAAAGUGAGAGAGGAUGCCAUGCCAAAAGGACAUGUCAUUUACGAGGGGAAGAAAGGCCACGUGCUGUCCUAUGAUGGUGGAGUUGCUGCUUCUCAGUGUCCCAAAGAAGACAGCAGGAGCUCAGGAGGUUCACAUGAGCCCACAGGAACCAAGCGGACCUACGAUAUGAUGGAGGGGAGGAUCAGCCGUGGCUUGUCGUCCCGGGAUCCGCUGUCUGCCAGCAUUGAAGGUCUCAUGGGUCGAGCCAUCCCUCCAGACCGACACAGUCCCCAUAACCUGAAGGAGCAGCACCACAUCCGGGGCUCCAUCACACAAGGAAUACCUCGGUCCUACGUGGAGGCCCAUGAGGACUACCUCAGAAGAGAAGCCAAACAGCUCAAGAGGGAAAACACUCCACCACGGGACUUAUCCGAUGCGUACAAGGUCAGGUCUCAUGAGGGCCUUACUCCCCUGAAAAUGAAGCCAGCCCACGAAGGCCUGGUGGCCACAGUGAAGGAAGCAGGGAGGUCAAUCCAUGAGAUCCCCCGAGAGGAGCUGAGGCGGACACCUGACAUCUCUCUGACGAGGCCUCUGAAGGAAGGCUCCAUCACACAGGGUACCCCACUGAAGUACGACAGCGGCUCUUCCUCAUCGAGUACCAAAAAGCACGACGUGCGGUCCAUCAUUGGCAGUCCUGGGAGGACUUUUCACUCUGUGCACUCACUGGAUGUCAUACAAGACCCAAGGAAUCUGGAGAGAGCUUACGAAGAAAGCCUGAAAAACAGGCCGAGCCCAGUGACCAACUCGGGUGGCUCAAUUGCCAGAGGAGCUCCUGUGAUUGUACCUGAGCCAGGAAAGCCCCACCAGAGUGCCCUCGCCUACGAGGACCACCAGACUGGUCACAGCACGGCCUUCAGCAGCCACUUGCACAGAGGGUCUCCGGUCUCCACAAGGGAAUCCACACCACGGCAGCAUGAAGGGAGCAUCACUGCUGGGAAACCAGUGUCCCAGGACAGAAAAAUCACCCCCACAUCAAGAGAGCUCACCAACUCCAAGUCUCCACAUGCCCCUGUGCCCGACCACCACCACCCCAUCUCCCCCUACGAGCACCUGCUGCGUGGUGUGAGUGGGGUUGAUUUGUAUCGAGGACACAUCCCACUGGCUUUUGACCCUGCUGCCAUCCCGAGGGGAAUCCAACUGGAAGCAGCCGCUGCUUACUACCUGCCGAGACAUCUGGCUCCGAGCCCCACGUACCCCCACCUCUACCCCCCGUACCUCAUCCGGGGGUACACGGACACGGCCGCCAUGGAGAACCGACAGACCAUCAUCAAUGACUACAUCACGUCGCAGCAGAUGCACCACAACGCCGCAGCCACGGCCAUGGCGCAGCGGGCAGACAUGCUGCGUGGCCUGUCGCCCCGUGAGCCCUCGCUCGCCCUCAACUAUGCAGCAGGAAUCAUUGACCUGUCCCAAGUGCCACACCUGCCUGUCCUCGUGCCCCCCACCCCUGGCACCUCUGCCACCUCCAUGGACCGCAUCACCUACAUUCCCGGCCCCCCCCAGACCUUCAGCAGCCGGCACAGCAGCUCCCCGCUCUCCCCAGGAGGUCCCACGCACUUGACCAAACAGUCGGGAUCGUCAGAGCGGGAACGAGAUCGGGAGCGUGAACGUGAGAGGGAGCGUGAAAAAUCCAUCCUAGUAUCCACCACGGUGGAGCACGCACCUAUCUGGAGACCUGGUACAGAGCAGUCCAGUAGCCGUUCCUCCUCGCACUCUCACAGCCACCAGCACUCUCCCGUCUCGCCCCGCACCCACGAGACCAUCCAGCAGCGCCCCAGCGUGCUCCACAACACGAGCAUGAAGAUCAUCUCCUCGGAGACCCCCACUCCUUCCGUCCUGCGAACCUCCUCCACCACUACCACGUCGCCGAUCCGCUCCGCAGCCUUCCCCUCAGCCUCCACGCUGCGCUCCUCCAUCAGCGCAGCAGACGGCUAUGCAGCCAUGCUGGACCCGGCCGUCCUGCAGAAAGAGGCCUCAAGGGCACGGGAAUCAAAGGCAGAGCGAGCCCAGACCGACAGCAACGUCUUCACCUCAAAGCUGCCCAGUGGGGCUAGCCUCGAACAGUCGCCUUCACCUAUUAAAGCCAUGGAGUCGAGGCCUUUACCUUCCUCCGGACCUGGUUCUUCUCAUCACUAUAGCAGAGGACAGGGGAAAAGCCAGCAGCACCACCACCCUCUGGACCAGCAGCACGCAGCCUCGGGCCCGGAGCAGCACAGUAGAGAAAAGAGUCAAAGUAAACCCUUUUCCAUGCAGGAACAGGAGCUCCGAGCACUCGGCUUUCAUGGCGGAUACAGCCCUGAUCGGAUUGAAGCCGUGAGUCCUGUCAGCUCGCCCAGCCUAUCCCAUGAGAAAGGGGCCAAGCUGCUGCAGGAUGUGGAGAAGGGGCAUGGGGAGCAUGACCCAAGGCAGAAACAGCAAGCCUCUCUGAAAGCCUCAGGCCCUGAAGCAGCCCACCUGCAGCACCUCCGGCAGCCUGACGGCCCGCAGCCCCAGUGCCAGCCCCUGCAGUCCAGCCAGAGUGUCAAGGGCAUGAACCAGCGGGUGGUCACACUGGCCCAGCACAUCAGUGAGGUCAUCACCCAGGACUACACACGCCAUCACCCUCAGCAGCUCAAUUCCCACAUCCAGACCCCGGUGUACUCCUUCCCUGGGGCCGCGUGCCCCGUACUGGACCUGCGCCGCACCCCCAGCGAGGCAUACCUGCAGCAGCAAGAGCAUGCAGUGGCUUCCAGGAUCUCCCCACAGAACGAAGGAGGCAAAAGGUCCCCGGAGCAGAGCAAAGCCUCAGCCGGCGGCGGGUCGGACAACUGUAUCGAGCCCGUGUCUCCACCAGACGGCGUGGGAGAAGCGGAGCACGCCAAGAGCGCCACGUACCCGAUCCUGUACCGUGAGGGCGAGCAGCUGGACCAGAGGAUGGGGUCCAAGUCCCCAGGAAACAACACUCAGCCUCCAGCUUUCUUCAGUAAGCUGACAGAGAGCAACUCUGCCAUGGUGAAGUCCAAGAAACAGGAGAUCAUCAAGAAGCUCAGUACGACCAACAAAAAUGAGACAGAGUACAAUGUUGGGCAGCCUGGGACAGAGAUUUUCAAUAUGCCAGCGAUUACUGGAGCAGGGCUAAUCAGUUGUAGGAGCCAGUCGGUCCAAGAGAAUUCCAGUACCAACAUGGGGUUGGAGGCAAUAAUUAGGAAAGCCCUAAUGGGUAAAUAUGACGAGCAGUGGGAAGAGCGCUCACCUCUCAGUGCCAAUGCUUUUAACUCUCUGAAUGCCAGUGCAAGCCUGCCCGCUGCUAUGCCCAUAACUCCUGCUGAUGGACGAAACGAGGACGUGCGCUCCUUGCCAGCAGGAGGGGGGAAGCCAAAGAUCGCCGCCAGACCCAACAGCCGCAAGGCCAAGUCGCCGGCGCCCGGCCUGUCCUCUGGCGAGCGGCCGCCAUCCGUCUCCUCGGUGCACUCAGAGGGGGACUGCAACCGGAGGACGCCUCUCACCAACCGUGUCUGGGAGGACCGGCCGUCAUCCGCAGGCUCGACGCCGUUCCCCUACAACCCACUCACCAUGCGGCUCCCCAGCGGGGUGGUGACAGCGGCUCCGGCUGUGCCGCUGCCACAAGGAACGCCUGGCGGGCAGCACCAUGCCUGGGACGAGGAGCCCAAGCCUCUGCUCUGCUCCCAGUACGAGACCCUUUCGGACAGUGAAUGAGGCGAGCCAGGGGCAGGGAGACGGCGACCAAACCGAAGGCGCGGGGAGUGAGGUGCCCGGGGCCCGGCCCCGCUGGCUCUCAUGAGCAAAGAUGCAGGAGCAGAGCUUUCUUUUGGUUUUUAAUUUUUCUUUCAUUUCCUUCCUAUCCCAACCGGCCAGUUUGGUGGGGAUUGUGGGGAUUAUUUUUCUUUGUUGUUUUUUUUUUUUUUCCUGUUUUUUGUUGUUGUUGUUGUUGUUCUUGUUGUUCUCAACAUCUGGAAACGUCUGCAUCCUCUUCAGUCUAAGAAAGAAAAAAGAAGCCUUAACGAGACAAAACCCAAGGAUCCCAUCUUUGUCCUUGCCAGCAUUGCUGGGCAGUGACCCUGCACACCAUGUCCCAGGGCUGCGCGCACACAGACGCUCUGCUCCAUGGCGCCGGGCUCCGUGGGGCCGUGCCACGGAAACACAAAACCUUGAAACGGUUUAACAACAACAACAACAAAAGAUUCAAAAUGCUUCAUAGGAUUGAACCCGAUUUGGUUUCCCUCGGCAGAUCGGAGGGUGGGAGCUGCCAUCCCCGCCGCGCAGGACGCGUCAGCUCGAUGCGCUUUGCACGCAGCUGGGGGAGCAGGGAGGGCGUGAAGAGCCAUUUCUGAGAAUAUUGCUUGUCCCUUCGGUGGCAGAGGGCCUGGGCUCCAUCGGUGUGGGAGGAGAUUCCCCGUGCUGCCCACAGACGGGCUCGGUUGCUUUAAGUGCAUUGUUUUCUGAAUGGUGAGAAAAGGCAAUUGUAAAUUGUAUUGGUCUACAGGGUAUAUUUUUGAUACCUUUGGUGAAUUAUGUCGAUAUUUUACGCAAGGAAGGACUUAAACAAAACACAGUAUUACAUGCUGUAAAAGAGGUUCUGUUCUUACACGCAGGCUUUGAUGUGUUUGUCCAUUGUAUGGAAAUGUUUAAAAAAAAAAAAAAAAAAAAAGAGAUGGUAACAGUGAUCC